UGCUUUGUUCCUCUCUUGGUAAUUGCCAUGUUUUUACGCAGUCUGUAAGGUUUUUGUUCUCUGCUGGCUGGCUCACAUUUGGUGUGUAGUUCUGAACACACACACACACACACACACUGACUCUCCUGCAGGUCUGUUUGUUCUGCUCUCCGGAAAACGGGCUCUGAUUCCAACCAGCUGUUUCCCGCCGCACACAGAUCAGCUGCAUACACACACAUGCACACACACGCACACACACACGUAGUAGGCGGAGGCAGCAGACAUACACACACACACAGACACGUAGUAGGCGGAGGCAAAAAGCCACACACAUACAUUGGAGGGAACCCCAUCAGCUGAGGGAAGCAACACAGCUUCAACUUACUUUUAUUUUUCUUUCUAUAAUUCACAUUUGUUGAUUUUGAAGCUGUGUUUUUUAGAUAUGCACCAUUGAGGAGUCAGCUCUGUGCUGCAUACGUACUUCAUUACACUUUAACAAGGACCGCAGUGGAGGAAGGAGAAAAACACAGAAACACGGAGGACAUCAGGAGGCUUUGAAAGCAUGGAAUACUUCAUGAUGCCCACAGAGAAGAUCCAGUCCUUACAGCAGUUCAAGAAGACGGAGAAGGAUGUAAUCGGCGGGCUCUGCAGUCUGGCCAAUAUCCCUCUCAGUCCAGAGACGGCCCAGGACCAGGAGAGGAGAAUCCGCCGCGAGAUUGCCAACAGCAACGAACGCCGGCGCAUGCAGAGCAUCAACGCCGGCUUCCAGUCUCUCAAAACACUCUUGCCUCACACAGACGGCGAGAAGCUCAGCAAGGCGGCUAUCUUGCAGCAGACAUCAGACUACAUCUUCGCCUUGGAGCAAGAGAAGACGCAGCUCCUGGCACAGAACAACCAGCUCAAACGCUUCAUCACGGAGUUUAGCGGAUCCUCACCCAAGAGGAGGCGAGCGGAGGAGAAGGAUGAAGGGAUCGGGUCUCCAGACACACUGGAGGAAGAGAAGGUGGAGGAGCUGAGGAGGGAAAUGUUAGAGCUGCGACAGCAGCUGGACAAGGAGCGCUCCGCCCGCAUGCAGCUGGAGGAGCAGGUGCGAUGUCUGGACACCCAGCUGCACCCUGAGCGUCUGAAGGUGAUCACCCAGCAGGUGGAGGAGGAGCAGGUGAUUCUGCAGAACCAGACGCUGUUAAGACUGCAGCAGAUCCACGCCGCCGCUGACAGACAAACACACAGUCCAAAGGUGCUGGCUCCCCCCACUCCCCCUGCACCAACCCACCACCCCACGGUCAUCGUGCCAGCCCCGACACUAACCCAGCACCCCCACCAUCAUGUCACUGUGGUAACCAUGAGCCCGUCUGCCCACACCAGCACUGUGUCCACGUCCAGACAGAACCUAGACACUAUUGUGCAGGCCAUCCAGCACAUCGAGCGCAGUCAGAGGAGAGCGAGCGCCGAGGAGGAGCAGAGGCGGGCGGUCAUCGUCAGCCCCGCCUACGUGGCCAUGGACACCGCCUGCUCAGACACAGACACCGACACAGAGGGCGAGGACUGCUCCAUGAACUGAUCAAACCCAUUAACGCACACACGCACACACACACACAAUUUCACAAACACUUAAAACAACCUACUCACUGUAAGAUUCCCUCCAGGAGCUUGACUACUUUUUAAACACAGAAAUCCUUCUUUGGCAUUAUCCAAACUCUUAAAUCCAGUGGUUAAGCUCUGCGUCAGUCUUGUACUGUAACGUUUCUGAAGAGAACACAGGACGGUCAGCGUGUUGAGGAGGCCCUGUGGGGUUUCUGGAGGUUGUUUUUCAGUGUCAGAGCCGGUCUGUGGCGACUUGAAAACGCUCUCCUCGUGUAAAAAGCUCUCAGCAUCAGUCCGUCCUACGUGUGUGUCGAUGUGCGCUAGUCUCAGUAUCACAGUUACCCGUCGUCUCCGGCACGCUGACAGUGUUAUUUGUGCUACAAAUUGACGGAGAGUUGAAUGUAUAAACACAAUAAGCGAGCAGCUCUUGAUUCUGAGAAGGGAUGUGGAGCUGCAGUGUCCCAGUCUUAAUUUGUUUGUUCUCUUAUUUACUUGCUGAUAGUUUUGUGCAAGUUGCCACAAAAACAAAACUUAAACUACAACAGAAGGCAUUUCAGAAUAUGAACGUUUGGGAAAAAUUAACCGCAAAGCUAAUUUGAGGAAAUAUGUUGAAUGAAAUUAUGAAAUAAUGUCUGAUUUACUUGAAACAUGUUUUCAUAUCUAAAUAAGCCCUUAGAAAAUAAGCUGUCGAAAAUUUCCAUUGAUCGUCUCUUUUUGUUCCUUUCUUUCUGUCAGGGUUACUGAAUGAUGAAGGUGGACGUUUUGUUGUUUUGAGUUUAACGACUUUAUCCCGGAGGUUAGUCGGGUCUUUGCGGGGGAACCAGACGCCUGAGACGAAUCAGGCUGAAGUCUUAAUUCAGCCGGCCUCUCGUCUGUUUCUACCACAGACAGUGGUAACUACAAAAAGAACCACAUGUUGGUUCACGGCUGGAACUAAACCAGCAGUUAAGGAGUAAAAAUAAACUCUGGAUCAUCAAAUGUUUCUCCUUGAAUAUGAAUUAAUGUAAACCUCUGAAGGCUUCUGGUUCUCCUCCAAAGACGUCCAGUCCGCCUGCUCGCGUCGCGUUGUUGAUUUCAGUGACUAUGCACUAGAGGUUUUUGGUAUUUAUGCAAUUCCAUCCUCAGUCCCUUCUGUUAAUUUCAUUUCUCCAUGAGGUGAAGUUAUCUAUGCACCGUUGAUAGGUGUGAACAUUGCACCUACAGUCUCUGUCUGAAGCUUGACCUGUGUUUAUUAAAGAAUGUAGUCUCUGCCUGCAUGGUGCUCUUUGUCAGCUGGCGCUCUGCUGACCGUAACACCUUUCAUCUAACUUCACACCUGAUCAUGUCGGUUACGUGUGCCUGGACUUUGCUGAGUGCUGUGUGUCUUUGAGGCUCACGGUGAAGGAGAGCAGAGAGGUUUCUCACUUUGUUUGGUCACAUAAAUAGAAACAAGCUUCAAAGUUCGGCCUCAUGACAUCUCUCACAACUUACUGACUUCUCAAAACUUUUCGAAACUCUAGAAAAAGAACUCAAAGCGGAUCAGCUGCUUUGAAUUGAAGCUACAUACGCAGCGUUACUUGGACGUACGUUUUCACAAACAUGGAAGAAGUGAAGAGGAGCUGAAGUGACUUCCAGAUCUCUCUGGGUCUGUCCACCUCGUGUUCUGUUGCUUACGUUUGUGUCGGGAAUUUGACUGGAAAUCCCUGCUCGGAGCCUCCCUCCUGUCAGACUCCAUUUGAUCCGCGACUUGAUGCUGUAAACAUUCCUUUUCUUUGGAUCUGUAUCUGUCUUUUGAUCUCUUAUAUGUUCUCUUGCCAAUUGAAUGCAUGUUACUAAUUGCUGUUUUCUCUCGUCUAAAUUGCGCUUCUUUUUGUUUUGACAUUUUGUUUAUUUUUCUGCCGGGUUCCAACAUUUUCCAUUAACACAUAACUGAUGUGCUCGGUGUGAAGCCAUCUCCUGUGAGACGCGUGGACACUUCUCAAUCACUCACAUUGAUUCUGUACCAGGUUAGACUAGUUUCUUCUUCUGUUCAUGCUAAACAUGGGGGGACUUUCUGCAUAUUUGGUUUGUGAAACUCUGUUAAAGGGGUUGUGUUUCGCUGACUGAUGAUAAGUUGAAGCCUGCGUUCAGGUUGAAGUUGCUGUCCGUCGGUGAAACCCUCCCUGUAAUGUUUCUGUACAUUGUGUUGCAGCGCUGCUGUCUUUUGAUGGAAUUUGAGGUAUUUGAUAUGAAGCACUUGCUGUUCUGUACUGCCUGAUUCAGUGAUGAGGAACUUAUUUUUGUCAUCUUCUUUUUUGUGAACUCUUCUUGGACACGAGUCAAAAGCUUUUUAUUGUGUUCAGCUUAUUUUUCUUUCUUUAUAUAUCUGUCAUUCUUGUCCUGUUUUCCAUUUUUGGUGACAAGUAUUUUUUUAUAUAUUUUUGUGAUUUUUUUUUUUUCCCCAUCAGUCCAGGUCGAUGAGAAGCUGUUAUAUUUUGUUUAUAAAAACUUGGGUAAACAGGCCUUUGUAAAGAUGAAAAAAAUAAAUUUGUACCUUUUUUAUUACA